AUGUAUAGUUAUUUAAAAAGUGUUGCCUCCCUCCUUCCCAUAUUUCUUAUUUCGGUUAGAUGUGAAAGUGAUACCUCAUACAACUCCACUGGUUUAAUUGAUAGAUAUCCCGGUUAUGGUGAGUCGUGGGUGUUUCUACCCGACGGUGAUGGAAAACCGAGAGUGGCACUUUUGGAAUUACCCAAUUGGAUAACAUCACGAAUAGGAAGGGCUGAAGAUUUAGUUAGUUUUACUUUAUUCACGAGAUAUAACGAAAAUGGGCAAGUUAUUUUUUUGCAAAAUUUAAAUUUAAAAAAUACCACUUUUGAUCCGAAUAAGGAAACUAAGAUUGUAACUCAUGGGUGGAUGUCCAAUGGGAAAAGCAAUACUUGUAUGGAUAUUAAAAAUGCUUAUCUUCAACUUGGAGAUUAUAAUGUUUUUGUGUAUGAUUGGGAACCUAUUGCUAAUAAUUUCGCUUAUCCCAUUGUUGCUUCAAGAGUGGAUUCGGUUGGAACAGAAUUAGCUAAAUUUGUUGGUUUAUUGAUAGCUAAUGGUUGCGAUAGGAUGAAAAUUCAUUUGGUGGGGCAUAGUUUAGGUGCACAUGUUACAGGUGUUGCUGGUUCUAAAUUUGGCAAAGAAAAAAUUGGGCGAAUUACAGGAUUAGAUCCUGCUGGGCCAUUUUUUUCAACGAGCAGAACUGAUCGUUUAUCAGAAAAUUCGGCUAAAUUUGUGGAUGUAAUACAUACUUCCGGUUGGGUUGUUGGAUAUGGAGAAUCGAUUGGAACAGUUGACUUUUUUCCAAAUGGUGGAAUCCCACCUCAACCUGGUUGCUCUGGAUUACCUGAAAUUAUAGAGGGAUGCAGUCACGCACGAAGUUGGCAAUUAUUUAGAGAUAGUAUAGAAAGUGCUAAUAAAUACAUGGCAAAAAAAUGUGAAAGUUACGGAGCGUUUAAAAUGAAUAAAUGUGACGGAGAUAUGAUUUCGAUGGGCGAACACGUUAGAAACGAUGCCAAAGGAAAUUACUAUUUGAAAACGAAUUCUAAUUAUUAA